UUAAGAUGGAAGAGACCUUAACAUGUUUACAAGCUGAGGGAAGGAGUCCCUGGGCCUAGGGAAAGGUUGACCAAAGAGCUCAUGGAGACAGGAGGGCACAAGGGGAGUGGUUGCCCCUGGGCAAGGUGAUGGACAACAGGUGCCAGCCCCACAGUGGGAAUGUGGAAGGUUACUGGAGUUCAACUCUGGUAAAUGUCAGUCAUCUGAUGAUAACCCACACCCCUGAGUGGUGAUAGGAUGGAAGGGGGCAGCGUGGGUGGAGCCAUUGUGAGGGUAUGGGAAAGGAGCUGACCAAGGUCCUGUAAAAAUGGUUUCAGAGCAGCAGUAAGGAGCUGCUGAGGUUGAAAACCUAAGGGUGUGGUGUGAUUCCCCCACCCCCACCCCCUUCAGCCAGACUUGCUAUUCUGGACGUAUGUGUGGAGGAGGCUCACCGUUGAGGAUGGGAUGCUGGGGUGAUGAACCAUUCUGUUUUUCCCGGGACCGAGGAAUUUUCUGGGACACAGAACUUUUGGUGCUAAAACUGGGAAGUCCUGGCAAAUCAGGACCAGCUGGUCACUCAGGGUGUUGCAGAGCUGGUGGCCAGGAGGCAACAUGGCAAGAGAAUUGAGGGUGCUAGCUGGCGAAAGUUUGUAGCUUAUGCUCUCAGUCCAGUCUGGGGAGAAAGGAAAGUGAGGCUAUUACUUGGUAGUAAUUUGUGAUCAUACCUUCAUUCAUUCAACAAAUAUUAAUUGAGUGCCUACUAUGAGUCAGGCACUGGGGUCCACACAGAGGAUUUAACCAGAAAGAAGACAGGAAUGCCCUCAUGGACUAUCCUUCCGUGGUGGCUAAUGUCAGUUGGUCCUCAGGACCCAUUCUCACCUCUGUCCAGAGGGCGGACAACUACAGUCUGCAUCUCCCCGACUUCUUUACAAGUAGGAUGUGACUUUAGUUCUGCUAAUUAGGUGCAUUUAGGCAAGAUUUACAAACAGCAGUGAGGUAGAGGCCAAUAGCUGGUUGCUUUUCUCCGUUUCUCUGAAGGCAAGCAUGGUGGUGAUGACUUGGGGAUGUGGGUAGCAGCGUUUAGGUGUCCAGUCACCAGGUGUGGCGUUGGUGGAGGCAGGUGUGGUGGCAGUGGGUUGCCUUCUGGUAGCUAGGUCACCGCGGGAGUUCUUGAGCUCAGUUCUCCCUGUGGCGGCCUCCUGAUUCCCCACUGAGAUACGGUCUUCGUGGGAGUCCCAGGAAUCUUUCUCAGGAGCCCAGCCAAGAGCCCCUUCCCCUAGCCCUUGCUGCAGUUUUAUAAACACCCAUAUUGAAUGUAUUUCCAUGGGAAAUACCUCAUUUCUGUUUCUAAAACCUGGCACACGUUCUAUUGGCCAAAGUUGUGGGGAUUCACUUUGGAAAUUUACAGCUGAGUUGUUUAAAUGAUCAUUGAACCCUCCCACGAGUCCCACUCGAGAAAAGAAACUGCAACUGGUCUUAGGUUUUGUGUCUCACUGUGAAGAUUGGAACAGUUUGUACCAGGAUAUGGGGGUGGAAGAGCGGGAGGCAUCGUCAUCAAGUUACAAUUUGACAGAAGAGGGCAGGGGAGUAGAAAAGGGAAAUUUUUAAAGAAUUCUAUAUACCUAUCGAUGCCAGUUAUGUCUGGCUAGAAAAGGCUUACUGUAGUAGAAUGAAAUGAAACUAAUCUAAUGAUGAUGACAUCAGGAAGACUGGGCAUUUAAAAGCAGGAAAAAAAAGAAUUGGGCUCACAUCGCCCCUCUGUCCCUCAUCCAAGUGAGGCGAAGCAAGUGACUUUGGAGGAGAACACCUCCCUUGGAAAGGAUUCUGAAAGAAAUGAAGAAGCCCAUCAGAAAUGAAGUCAGUGGCCUCAUGGCCUUCUGUUGACUGGACUGGCGUCUUGCCCCUGCAAGGCACUCUGCAGGAUGUUUGCUGAGGUCAUUCAUCAGAUUGACGAGGCGCUCGAUGAAGACGAGAGGGAGAUGCUUCUGUUUCUGUGCCGAGAUGUUGUUGCAGAUGUGUCUGCAUUUAACGUCAGGGACCUUUUGGACAGUUUAAAUGAAAGAGGAAAGCUGUCUCACAUGGGCCUGGCUGAGCUGCUCUACAGAGUGAGGCGGUUUGACCUGCUCAAGCGGAUCUUGAAGAUGGACAAAAGGGCAGUGGAGGCCUACCUGCUCGGACACCCACAUCUUGUUUCAGACUACAGGGUGCUGAUGACUGAGAUUGGUGAACAUUUGGAUAAAUCUGAUAUGUCCUCAUUAAUUUUUCUCAUGAAGGAUUAUAUGGGCCGAGGCAAGACUGCCAAGGAUAAGAGCUUCUUGGAUCUUGUGAUGGAAUUGGAGAAGCUAAAUCUGGUUGCUCCAGAUCAAUUGGAAUUAUUAGAAAAAUGUCUGAAGAACAUCCACAGAAUAGACCUGAAGACAAAAAUCCAGAAAUACAAGCAGUCUGCUCAAGGAGCAGAAACAAGUUAUGUAAAUGGCCUCCAGGCAUCUCUCCCAAACUUGAGUAUUAAGGAUCCUUCAUAUAACUUAAGGGUGAGUCUGGAGCAAAUGUGUGGAAUCCCAGCAUGAAAAAGCUUCAGAAAUUUAAUUAAAAAAUAUAUAUUCUUACACUAUGUACUCUACUUAACACUUGAAAAAAUUGUGGUAGAAAUGUGCCUGUGUUUAUAAAACAUACAUGUGUAACAACUUAUUCCCAAUCUUUUGUUUGGACAAAAAAUAAUUCCAAAUAAAUACAUUUGUAUUUAC